UCUCUGGUGUUAAAUAUGUGGGCUAAUGUGAGUGAGCGUGCGGAGAGUGACGCAGAGGCGCAGAUCGGGCAGAACAUUUCUACUGUCAAGAUGGCGACAUCGGAGCCGAAAGCAGCUGAUACCGAAGAACAAUCAACUGAGAGUCAAGUCGUUGCAAACCCUGAGCAGUACAUCAAGCAUCCUUUGCAAAACAGGUGGGCCUUGUGGUAUUUCAAAAAUGACAAGAGCAAAAGUUGGACAGAAAACCUGCGUCUGAUUUCAAAGUUCGACACAGUGGAAGAUUUCUGGGCGUUAUAUAACCACAUACAGCAACCUAGCAAACUCGGAUUUGGCUGUGAUUAUUGCUUAUUUAAGGAUGGUAUUAAACCUAUGUGGGAGGACGACAGGAAUAAACUGGGUGGCCGAUGGCUCAUGACACUCAACAAACAACAGAGACACAACGACCUGGACCGCUACUGGAUGGAGACGCUCUUGUGUUUAGUGGGCGAGUCCUUUGACGAGGCGAGUGAGGACGUGUGCGGCGCCGUGGUCAACGUCAGACCUAAAGGAGACAAAAUAGCCAUCUGGACGAGCAACUGCCAAAACAGGGACGCCAUCAUGACGAUAGGGCAGCUGUACAAAGAGCGUCUGAGCAUCCCCAUGAAAGCUCUGAUCGGAUACCAGUCUCAUGAUGACACCUCCAGCAAAAGCGGCUCCACCACCAAGAACAUGUACUCAGUCUAACCCCCUCCGCCCCAGUGUAGAUCUAAACAAAUUCCCACGCACCAUCACCAUUAACACCACCCACAGCUGUCGCCUCCUGUAGUGUCCCUCCUUUUAAACAGUCUAGUGUGUUCAGACGCAGCUCCGUGUUACAGAUGUUACUGAGACACAGGCAGGUCACAUGAGCGCUGGAGAACACACUGAAGUUACUUUUAAAUGUCCCAGUGCGCCCUCUGCUGGAGCUGUGUGGAGGGCGUUUGGUUUGGUCCCUCCUUAGGCUGCUUUUCCUCCACGGAGCAAUGUUUUAAGGGCAAUUUUAUCUCGUGUUCUGCAGAAGUGGGGCUCACACAUGCACCAGCGUAAGAAUCUACACUAUCUUAACAUUUGUGAACGCUGUGGUCAAGGUCCAAAAGGUCACGUUUGGAUUCAGGCCACUUAUUGUUUCAGCCAUGCUGGAAUUUUUGUGGAAUAAUGCUUGUAGUUUUUUUGAACUUUUUUUUUUUUCUUUCUUCUUCCCUUUACAUUUUAUUUAUAAUGUAUGCAUUGCAGUUAGAUGAAAACAACCAUGAAUUGUGUUUUUCAAUGCCCUCUUCUACCUUUUGUUAUUGAAGUUAAUAAUGUGGACUACUGCAUAGAUGAUUUUUUACAGUGAGAUGCUGACAGACGUAGGUGUGCUUGUCACUGUUUCUUCCUAACAGACUGUAGAUACAGGCUCUGCUCGGCCACAGGCCACAAGAGGAUUUUCAUUGUGAAAAGAUUGAGCUCAUAAUGUCUCUUUAUUCUCUGUAAUUCCAGGAUGUAUAUUACCUUCUUUCAAGUAAAGGUUCAGUGCUUUGCAUUAAAACCAGAA